AUGCCUCCAACAGCGUCUAAGUCUUCACUUGUGACUCGCACUCAAGUCGAUCAUGCGCCGUCUCUUGCGUCCCCCGGGCGCCCGUUUCGCGUAGGGAGCGACGGUCUUCCGCUCCUUCCGUGCCACGAUGCCCCCUUUCAUGUCGCCUACGUCUCGGAGCCGACGCCACCCGCCGUUUCUCAGUUCGGUGACGUCGACAACGCCGAGGACGUGCGCAAGCAAUUGCAAGCGUUCUACAGCCGCACGCAGCAGCUCGAGCACAUGAGUGAGAUGACACUGCGUAUUGACACGGAGCUGGAGCUUCUGCGACGCAGCUGCUUUGCGCAACGUAACGCACAAUGGAACAACGUGACGCCGGACCAGUUUGAGUUCAAGCCCGUGCCCAGUGACGUCUGGACGCCACAGCCAGCAAAUGACAAGCUCUUGCUGCGAAAGAUGAAGAUGGACGGCGUAUUGGACGGUAGCGGAAAGGAGUUUUACCCUCCAGACAAGACACAGAACAAGGAGACGGACGUGGUAGAGUUUGUGCGCGAUCGGCCGUGGCCGCCCCGGGAGUUUGCGUUAAAACCUGUGGUUAAAUCUUCACGAGGAAGAGUUGGCAAACGCAAAGCUGCGCCUAUGGGUGCGGUGCUGGAUCCGGUUCCGCUGGUAGCGAAAACGUGCCGAGAGUGUAAGACGCAGUCGACGCCAUUGUGGCGUACACAGACGAGAACGAUUAAGGUUAAGAAACUGGUGACGGAUGUUGGGGCGAACUUGGCUAGCACUUUUAUGGCGCAGAGCAUGGCUAAGAUUGUACCAAAGACGACGGGAGGGAAGAUGCAGGUGGUAGAGCAAAAGAUCGAGGUCGAUCUGUGUCUUCAGUGCUAUUUGAAGCUGGAGCGAGCAGAUCUUUUUGAUAAGAAACGUGCUGAAAAGAAGCGACGGGAACGGCGCAAAAAGGAUCAAGCGCUGCAAGAGAAGAAGAGGUUGAAGCAACAGAUUCAUUUACUAAAGAAGCAGCAGAAGCAGGAGACAAGAGCGGCACAAGAGAUUGUGGAUGACGAUCAAGUGACAGCAAAAGUACCAAAAGAUGCUGCAGAUUCUACUGCGGUGAUUCUCAAGUUUACGAGAGAGGAGUUCGAAGCUGCUACGGGGUCAUCGAAGGAGAAGAAGAAAGACCGGAAGCAGAGACGCAAGGAUAAAAAGAAAAAGAAGAAAAAUCGUCGUAAGCGUGAACAUCAGGAAGACUCAGAGAGCGAUGAACCGACCCCGUUUUCAUCGCCUACGCAGAUGAAUGGAUACGUAUCCGCGAAUCGGGCCAUAGAACCGUACGCCACCGCUCACGUUUCAGCGUUUGAGGCUAAGCUGACAGGCCUAACGAGACAGAUGAAGGCGGGGAUGGUUGAAGCAGAGCCGGGAGUAUUAGAUGCGGGUCUGUAUGAUUUAAAGGAAGAAGAGCCAUCAACAGCUGCGAGGUCAUCGUUCCGAAAGCGAAAGAGUGUCCAAUAUACUGAGCCGAUAGUAUCGGUUGAAUCACCCGCAUCUGUUUCGAAGAGGCGCAAGACGUCUUCAUCUCGGACCCCACGGUCAAGACGUGCGGCUACAAGUGCAGUACUUGCUCCUACACCCCCGGUCUCUUCUGUAAGGAAGCGUUCAUGUACGAAGAAGGAGUUGGCACGCGAACGCGAGCUGCGUGCUCGGGGUCAGUAUUGUCCAGUUUGCAAUGAAGUGUACGAGGACGACGAUCCAAAGACGUUUGUGUGCUGCGACUCCUGCGAACUUUGGGUACACGGUGCCUGUGAUUCGAGUCUUACUCAAGAGAUUAUUGCAGCCAUGGCCAACACUGAAGACAAAUAUAUUUGUCCACUGUGCGCUGGACGGUGA